AAGUACUUCCACCAUAUUCAUAUCUAUUAAGCAUCUACUGAAUGGGGUUUGGAGCAGAAAACAUUACAUCAUGGUAUCCCAAAACUCUACCAACUUCCACCACUAUCUCUACAAUUGAUCCAACAAAUUCUGCCGGUCUAUAUGAGACAUUGUUGGAGAUAAGCAUCAGGGCACAAACUGAAACAAAUGUAGUUAAGUUAUACUACCUUUCUAGACAAUUUCGUGGAGCAGCUGCUUCAUUGACCAUUAUCAGCCAACAACAAUACCUUGCUACUGCUACUGCAACCCAGUAUUUUCCACAAAUCACUGAGGAGAUGUUCAAUGCCACCUUAAAUUUAAAAUCAUUACAUUGGGAAUCAAACAUAUAUGCCACCGUUCUAUCAUUGCCUGGAAAUGGCAUUUUUGCAAUCUUAUUCUUGGCUUUAAUGAUAUUUUUCAGUAUUAUAUUCUGUAAAUCCAGGCUACGAUACUUUGGAAUGUGCAUGUCAUGUGCUUCAGCAUUAGAAUUCAUUGGGUAUCUUGCUAGAUUUAUUGCCCAUUUUAACUGGUCAAAUAAGGAUUUGUUUCUUUGUCAAAUAAUUACCCUUACUGUUGCCCCGACAUUUACUAUGGCUGGUAUAUAUUUCCUACUAGCUCAAUUUAUUGUAUUACAUGGACGAAAAUAUUCUGUUCUUAGACCGUUGUGGUUUUCAUUCGUAUUCCUAAUAGGUGAUUUAGUUAGUUUAUUGGUUCAAGGUGGUGGUGGAAUAUAUGCAGCCGUGGCUAUACUGCAAUUGCAAAAUACGAGGCCAGGAACAUGGAUAAUGGUAGGUGGAUUAGGAUUUCAAGUAGGCUGUAUGACUUUAUUCUUGGUCUUGUACAUUGACUUCAUAAAUCGGUUAUACUUCCGAGCGAACCCAACAAUCAAAUUCUCGAUCAGGAGGACGUUUCAACUACUAUUCAACACAUUAGAAGGUCGGCUACUUAGACAGGAGUUGGAACCAUACUAUGAGCCUUCCCUUGCUUUCAUUAGAAAGAGACUGUUUUUCUAUUACUUACCGUUGGUUAUUUUAAUUUCGCUGAUUUUUAUUUAUAUACGUUGCAUUUACAGAAUGAUUGAAUUGUCACAAGGAUGGAGAGGUUAUUUGAUCACACAUGAAGGAUUUGUAUUGACUUUAGAUGCGAUGAUGGUAUUUCUUGCUUGUUCACUUUAUGUUCCGUUCCAUCCCAGGCACAUUUUUGGCAAGGAUAUAUCAAUCCUGAACUCGUUAGAAAUACCCAUGAAGAAAAAGAGAUUAAAGAAAAUGAAAACAGAAGUUCAACUUUGGUCGCUGAUGCAAGCAGGUCAUUAAGUGAUGAGUCAACAUUUAACUUUGAAUUUACACAUGAUUGGCACACUGCCAAGAACAAUGGUAACUACUAAUAAAUCAAGUGUAUUUAAAACAAUUAUACAGUAAAGUACUCACUCCAUACUAGAUUUUGCAAAAUAUUAACCAGAAGAAGUAAAUUUGAAUGUGACUUUGAGUCAAUGUUUAGCUCUUGGGAUCCAAGCAGGUGCAUUCUUGACACAAUAGCUAUCAGCACAACCGCAAGGUUUGAUCUUUGUCACAUCUGUAGUUUGUCUAUCUUGUACUAUAAGACAUGGGUGGUAGGAAGGUACCACUGCUGCUCUGGUUGGUUUUUGUGGUGGGAUGUAAGUGUUUUCUAAAAAGUGUGAUAAUCUCGAAGUCUCCAUGGGAUAUAAUGUUUUUACAUGGGACAGUGUAAUGCAAGCAAACAAUGUGGAAAAUCAAGAAUUAUAUAGUAUUCGGAAAGGAAAGGGUCAUCCCCUGAUUACCAUAAAUAACAUUUAGAGGAAAAAUGUAAACACGGAAAUUUGAUCCAUUAUCACUAGUUUCAUUUAACUGAUAAGAAUAUUUUUUGCAGCAAACGAUGAGCGCCGUACAUUUCCCAGGUUAGCAUUAGGUCUUUGAAGGCCAAUAAAUGGCAAAGGGAGAUUAUUAGCUUGAUAAGAUGUUAGAUUAUUCAUAUAUAUUGGCGAUAUAUCUGCUUAUCGGGGUCUUAAAAUCAUGAAUAUGGAAAUGGUUGUUCUAGUUUUACAAUAUUAGUUUGUUUGGUAGCAAAAGAAAGCGGGAAGUGAAUCCCGAAAAAAAUAUUUAUUGUAUUUGACUCAUAGCAACAUCCAAAAUAUCUAAGGAAAGAUUUUGCUUCUCAGCUAACUAUUUCCAUACAUUCAUUAACUAAAAGUAAAUUAGUUAAGAUUAUUUACCAACUUUAAAAAGAAUAAAUAUAUCUGUUCUUGUGUUUUCCUGAACGAUCUUUGCAAUUAAAAUCCCUAUAGAACACCAUUUAAUAUCUGUGGUGGAAUUAUCUUCAUCUCUAAAGUCUAUAGUUAGUACAAAUCCACUCAUAAAUCAAAAUUAUAACUACAUUAUCAGAGCUAUUCUUACAUUUCAAACUGAAGUAGAUAACCACUCGAUUUCAAAUAGUUGGGUUACUUAUUUGGUGGUUAUUCAAUGUUAUUGCCCAAUAUAUCUUCAACAUCAAGCCCUCUUGUUGGGUAUCCAUAGUUACUCUCUCUAGAUGAAAGAAAAAAUUUCAUCCAUACAUUAGCUAUAUUUACUUUAGGGUAUUCUUCUGAUGCUAGCGUGAUUUCGACCAUUCUAGCUACAGAUUUAUUCCUUAGAUGACAAAGACAUUAAUUUCAUUUCCAUCAACAAACUAUAAAAAUUCAUCAAACAAAUUAAGUGUAGCCUUUAGAAUAAACGCUUUGGAUUCUUUUGGUGUAUUUCAGAACGAUUUUGGGUACAUCCCAGCAUCAACUUAGGUUGGAAAUGAAAUAUUAGUACUUGUUUUAUAACAUUCAACCAAGACCUCUUCCAAAUCAGGAUUGUGUAGUCGUUUGAUUUCCUCUUUAAUAUCUAAAGACUUAACUCUAAUAAUAUUCUAUUCAGUUAUAUCUAAGGUUUUAGAAUUAUAAGUGAACAAUAUGUUCAUAGUAUUAGUUCUCAUUCUCCAAAGCAAAAGUUGAUGAUAUUUCGAAGCUUCGAUUGCCGCGAAGAUUAAGUUGACAAGCUGAAUACUUAAUUUACAAAACUUUGAUCCCGCUUGGAAGUCGCUCGGGUUUUGGUAUAUUGUUGCUGUGUUGAAAUUUUUUGCUAGCAAACCAUUCAAGAUCGUCAACCGUAAAUAAAUUAAUGUUAUUUGUUUAACCAUUUUGUUGGUCUUUUUAUUUUUUUGCAACUUUGCAUGUUUUUUCGUACAAUUCAUAGUCUCAAGCAAAGUACUUUCCGAGAGCUAUAUAGCUAUUUUGAAUAGCUCUCGAGAUAUUUACUCUGUUUUGAUUAGUCUUAUAUUCAAUAAAGAAUAAUCUUAAGAUGGCAAGCGGAAACAAUUCUAUGAUUUCU